UGCUUCCAGCUUAUUCACUGUGGACAGCGACACCGCUCUAAGCAAGCUUCCCCUCCCAGCUUGGAACGGCGUUUCGCAGAUCAAUCGGCCCGACCCGUGUUCCGGUUCGAUCUGCUCUUGGAACGAGCUCAGUCGUCGUCGUCGUCGUCCAUGAAGCACCUCGUGUUGCUUCUGCUUUUGGAAAGUGGGUAGGGUUCGUCUUCCCUUUCUUUUUUUGGUCCGUAUUUUCUCGCUUUAUCUCCGAGUACUUGGAGCGACCGCCUCAAGACUUGAGAAAUGCAACGGAAGCAUCCCGGCAAGUUUCGUCCUUUCGGGUCGGUGAUCGCUUCUUGCUCGAUCGUUCUCUUCUGGGCUGUUUUCGGGUCGGUGGGUUCGGGCGUGCCCGACGGAGACGGCGAUAAGCAUGCACUGUUGGAGCUCAAAUCUGCCGUCAUUGUGGACCCAUUAGGGUUUCUUUCGAAUUGGAACCCGGAUGACGAAGACUCGUGCGCUUGGAAUGGAGUUACAUGCGACUCUCUCUCUCGGAGAGUCACUGCUCUUCACAUUUCUUCUAACUUCAGCUCUGCAUGCUCCGAGUACGACGCCGUGGACGCGCGAGGUAACUUCUCCUUACUAUUUCCAUGCUCGGACUUUGUGGGUGGCAAUCACAGUUCGCCAUAUUCGGCGAAAUUGAGGGGUAGAUUAGCGCCUGCGAUAGGGCGGCUUUCUCAGCUCAAGGUCUUGUCUCUUGGGUUUAAUGGGUUUUUCGGUGAGCUUCCUCAAGAAAUUGGCCAACUUCGCUUUCUGGAGGUUCUUGAUUUGAGUUUUAACGAUUUUGGAGGACCCAUACCCUUCGGUUUUCGGAAUUGUACUGCACUUCGAGUGGUUGAUCUUUCUGGGAAUCAGCUAAAUGGCACAGUUCCUUCAUUCUUAGCCAUGCUUCGCAGUCUAGAAGUAGUUUCGUUGUCCUAUAACGUGUUCGCGGGGCCUAUUCCCCCUGAACUGGGUGAGAAGUGUGGUGUACUUGAGCAUCUCAACCUCGCUGGCAAUUUGCUUUCGAGUUCGAUCCCUUCAAGUUUGGGAAAUUGCAGUCAGUUACGGUCAUUGAUUUUGUCGUCGAAUAUGUUACAAGAUCGUAUACCUUCGUCACUCGGCAAUCUUGGAAUGCUUGAAGUUCUUGAUGUGUCUAGGAACUUCUUGAGUGGCAUUAUACCUCCGGAAUUGGGUCAUUGCAAUCAGCUCAAGGUUCUCGUGUUCAAGAAUAACUAUGGGCCUUUGUUUUCCAGAAAAGUUUUCGGCGUAGAGGACCCCCUAGAGGAGAACAGUGAAGAUGACUUCAACUUUUUUGAGGGUCAAUUGCCUGAGAGCAUCGCAAAACUUCCCAACUUACGGGUACUUUGGGCGCCACAUUCAAACCUGGGGGGAAGUUUUCCUCAUGAAUGGGGAUCUUGUUCCAGCUUGGAGAUUCUAAAUGUAGCUCAAAAUUACUUUGAGGGACAAGUACCUCCAACGCUUGGCAGCUGUAAGAGCUUGUACUUUAUUGAUUUGAGCUCCAAUAAUUUCACUGGAUCACUUCCAAAGGAAAUUCCUGUUCCUUGCAUGAUCAUCUUUAAUGUCAGCCGAAACUUUUUGUCGGGACAUAUCCCAAGUUUUACUCGUAACUGUUCUCAAAAGUCCGUUAAUUUAAGAGUGCGGCGUGUCAACAUGGUUGAUUUCUACGCCUACUUUUUCUAUCAAUAUUCUCGCACAUGCGUUAUUUCUUUUUCAUUCAAUGCCGAUGAUCUGGCUGUAUUGCAUGAUUUCAGCAGAAAUAUGUUCUCUGGCCCCAUCCCUUCCUUACUUAUUGCUUUUGACCGUUUAUCUGCACCCCCUUUCUAUGGAUUAUGGUUGAACAAGAAUAAUCUCGAGGGCAAUAUUUCGGCAUACUCGUUUCUCUUCUGCCGUUACUUGGCUGGUCUAGCUUUUGACAUUGGUUACAACAAGAUAACGGGAGAACUUCCUGUGGACAUGGGGAACAUGUGCAGUUGCAUGAAACUUCUGAAUAUGGCGGGUAACGGACUAAUAGGCCCAUUUCCUCGUACUUUCGCCAAUUUGGUUGCUCUGGUGAACCUUAAUCUCAGCAGAAACAAGAUUCAAGGAUCCAUACCAUCUUAUAUUGGCCAGAUGAUGAAUAUGAGGUGGCUAUCUCUGUCAACUAAUAACUUCUCUGGUACAAUUCCUCUGGAACUUGCUCAGCUGACUUCUUUGGAGGUCUUGGAACUUUCCUCGAACACUCUGGCAGGGGAAAUACCGGCUGCUUUCGCAAAACUUCAGCAUCUAGAAGUUUUAAAGUUGGAUCAUAACAGACUAUCUGGACAGAUACCUGCUGGCUUCAGUAACAUGACUUCUCUCUCAGUGUUCAAUGUGUCUUUCAACAAUCUUUCUGGGCCCGUCCCUCUUAACUCAGAGUCUGUAAAGUGCGAAAAUGCGCUAGGUAAUCCAUAUAUCCAACCUUGUACCACUAUUCCAUCUUCCUCUGAGUGGGAGCAGCAGCACUCUGGUAAUGGUUCCCAACAAGCAGCUUAUUCUCCCACGGGAAGCUCACUGGGAGGAGGCAAUGGAUUCAAGCCUAUAGAAAUUGCUUCCAUCACUUCAGCCUCAAUCAUUGUUUGUGUCCUGAUAUCGCUGGUUGUCCUGCUUUUGUGUAUGAAGAGAUUCGGAUGCAAAUCAGUCUUGUGUCAAGGUUCAGAAAGAAAAGAAGUCAUAACAUUCAAUAAAAUCGGUGUUGAGCUGACUUAUGAAAAUGUUGUUAGGGCUACUGGUGGUUUCAAUAUCCAAAAUUGCAUUGGCAGUGGGGGAUUUGGUGCCACAUACAAGGCUGAGAUUGUACCUGGAGUGGUAUUGGCCGUCAAGCGGCUUUCGGUUGGAAGAUUUCAAGGUGUGCAGCAAUUUUCUGCUGAGAUCAGAACUUUAGGAAGAGUUCAGCAUCCUAACCUCGUUACACUGAUUGGAUACCAUGUGAGUGAGUCUGAAAUGUUCCUCAUCUAUAAUUACUUGCCUGGCGGCAACCUUGAGAAAUUUAUCCAGGAUAGGCCAAGGAGGACUGUGCAGUGGAGCGUUCUCCACAAGAUUGCUCUGGAUAUCGCACGUGCUCUUGCCUACUUGCACAACGAAUGCGUUCCAAGAGUGCUGCAUCGAGACAUCAAACCGAGCAACAUUUUACUAGAUAAUAACUUUAACGCAUAUCUUUCUGAUUUCGGGCUGGCUAGGCUCUUGGGUACUUCUGAGACUCAUGCCACCACCGAUGUAGCUGGGACUUUUGGAUAUGUUGCUCCUGAAUAUGCAAUGACUUGCCGUGUCUCUGACAAGGCAGAUGUGUACAGUUAUGGUGUUGUCCUUUUAGAGUUGAUAUCUGAUAAGAAGGCGCUGGAUUCCUCUUUCUCUUCCUUUGGAAACGGCUUCAAUAUUGUGCAGUGGGCUAGCAUGCUUCUCCGACAGGGACAAGCUGACGAAUUUUUCACAGCUGGCCUGUGGGAUUCUGGGCCACAUGAUGAUCUCGUUGAGAUGCUUCACUUGGCUGUCAUGUGCACGGGUGAACAUCUUUCUGCAAGGCCUUCGAUGAAGCAAGUUGCUCAAAGCCUGAAGUGCAUUCAGCCCUCAACUGGCUAGUGGAGGUUUGGUCAACAUAGCUCUUCUGUAAGUUGGAAAAAUGUUGAGAUAGGGACCUGUAAUUGACCAUUGGUUUAUCAUUUAUUCAGUCAAAUAUCAUGUAAAGAGGAAACGGCUGAUCUUUUCCCUUUUUCCUUUUGGGGUAGAAUCUGGUUGUCAAAUUCCCAAAUUGAAUAUAGCCAUCAUGACAGC